AUGUUGAAGUCAUCUUUUGUUAACAUUUCGGACUGCGCCCACUUAGAUGAUGAAUAUGGUUCCAGUCUGACUCCUAACUGUUCCUCUAUUUCCAUAAAGAUGAAUGAAGAAGUUGUUUUAGAAUUUCCUAGCACCAUCAAAAAUAUGACAACUGUUAUUUUGAGCAUCAUCUUAGCGGUUGGAGCAACAGGUAACGUUCUUAUUCCGAUCGUAGUGUGCCGGACAAAAGAAUUACGUAAUUCCACCAACAUUUUCUUGAUGAAUCUGAGUGUUGCCGACCUGCUAGUCUUGUUGGUCUGUACUCCACCCAUACUUAUAGAACUUCACACAAAACCUGAAGUCUGGUUACUCGGAGAAAAUAUGUGUAAAAUUGUUCCUUUUGUGGAACUGUCAGUGGCUCACGGAUCGGUUCUCACCAUUCUGGCUAUUAGCUUCGAGCGCUACUACGCCAUCUGUCAACCACUGAAAGCUGGAUACACCUGCACCAAGAUGAGAGCCAUAAUCAUCAUCGUCAUCGUCUGGGUGGUGGCGCUGCUGGUCACCAGUCCCGUUUUGUUAUUCUCGCAGUUCACCUACUCAGAAUAUGUGGAUGGUUCUAUCGUUCCGAGAUGCAUUCACUGGAGAACUCUUUAAAUAGAGAAAACAUAUGGAACAAAAAAGACAGAAGCCCCAGAGGUGCUAUAAAGGGUCAG